AUGGCCAAGAAGAACGAGCUCAUUUGGUUGGCGCCUGAGAAGUUCAACACACGGCGUGCAGAAAUCAGUGCCAAGAAGCCUUCUAAAGAGCUCGUCAUAGAUGGGAGCGGCGUUGCGGUUAAAGAUAAGCCCCAGAUCCUUAACUCUGCCAUCAACUCUGACUUAGACUUGGUUUUGGCCAUGCGCCGCAGAGCGCUUGCAUUCGACCUUGUUGGGCUCAUGAGUUUUGAUGUGGCUAACCGCUAUCAUCAGGCACUUGUUCAACGUCUCCAGGAGGCUCCCCCUCCCAACAAUGCCAAGGUCUCUAUUGCUCAGGUUCUCCGCGCUGAUCGAGCGGCAUUCCUCCGGCUGGCAGAGUUGCUGCCCACUUUGCGCCGCAGCGGCGUGGGCAAGCUUCCUUUGGACGAGCAGCUUCCCAACAUCCUGCUCGACCCUUCAGCUACUCUUCAACGACUUGAAGGGCAGCCUUUGAGCAAGCUCGUGACCGUGGAGGUCUUUUGCGGAACUGGGCGGCUCAGUGCUUCCCUUCGUAGUGAAGGUUUUGAUGCCUUCGGUGUUGACCAUGUGGUCGGCAAAACUGCAUGUUGUUCAGUCCUUCAGCUUGAUCUUACUUGUGCGGACUCUAUUGCACAUCUGUGGAGCAUCUUGAAGGAUCCCGCUGUCAAAUUCAUUCAUUUUGCGCCGCCCUGCGGUACCGCAAGCAGGGCCCGUGACAUCCAGUUUCCCGGCGCCCCGCCUGUCCUCCGCAAUGAGAGCCACCCCGAAGGGGUUCCUGAUCUUUCGGAGAUCCCUGCACUCAGAGUGCAAAAGGCUAACAUGCUGUAUAAGUUGACUCUUGAGCUAAGUUCUUUCUGUCUUCUGAACGGCAAAUAUUUUUCCUGUGAAAAUCCGAGCCGCAGCUACCUUUGGCUGCUUCCUCAGUGGCAGCAGUUCUUGAAGCGCUCGGACGUCUUUCAAACUGUUUUUCAUCACUGUGAGUUUGGUGGCAUGCGUCGCAAAGAGACGCUCCUGGUGCAUAACAUCCCCAAAUUCCGCGAGCUUCAUCGUUUGUGCUCUGGCAAACAUGUGCAUCUGGGCUGGGGCAAAGUCGGCCGUACGUGGGCAACAAGCGCUGAGACGGCCUACCCCUGGGGCCUCUGCAAGUGCAUGGCGAGCUUGCUGAAAGAUCACUUUUUGGAACUUGGCUGUCGCCAAUCUCCCAAAGCUAUUGAUGAAGGCGCACCCGCCAUCCAAGGCGCGCGUGCCUUCACUGGAGCCCAGACUCGCAAGCGCGUGCCUCCGCUGCUUAGCGAAUUCGCUUCGGUUCACACUGUCACUGUGCCUUCCAAUCUUGCCGCGUCUUUCUUGCGCCCUGGCCAAAAGCUCCCGUCUCCGUGGAAGCCCGGAGAUGAUGCUGCUUGUUCUCCGGCAAUCGAGUGCUUUCCGGCAGGUGCCGAGGAUUUUGAGAAGAACAGUCUGCUGAAGCCUCCUAGCAGAAAGCGUCCUUUUGCUAAUGUUCUUGGAUGUCCUGAGGCUUCUCUCGGUCUGAAUCCUGACGAUACCGAGGUUCGAGAAGCCAUGAUGUCGGGUUCUGCCGAGCGGGUUGCUUCGCUUGUAAACAAGUUGCCUAAGGUACACCGCAAAGACUUGUCCUUGUUGCUUGACUUGCUUCCUUCAGAACCUCUUCGUUGGGAGGGCGAUGCUGGAGCGAAAUCGUUCCAAGGUGGCAGCUUUGUUCACGGCCCGAUGUGCGGGGUGCGAUCAACGACCAAACAGUUCCCGGAAACUGUCAAGGCAAUGUGCUCUUAUGUCAAAGGCCUUUUUCCAGGUUUGGAGUUCGGAACUGUUGGGAUGUUCAGGGAUGUGUCUGCUCAGCCACACCGGGACUCGAAUAAUGAAGUCUCCACAGACAAUGCAAUUGCUGCGCUAUCAGAUUUUUCUGAUGGCUCUGUGUGGAUGGAAGAUCCUGCGGGUGACGUCGAGCUUGAAAUCAAAGGUCGCGCAGUGAGAGGUGUUUGCAUCCCCGUCACCCAUGAAGGCUUCAGGUUCGAUGGCCGUCGCCUUCAUUGCACAAGGCCUUGGACAGGCCGGCGUGACGUUAUUGUUGCGUACAUGCCGAGGGGCCCUAAGAAACUUAAAGCUGAGCACGCCUCUUUCUUGACGAGCCUGGGAUUUGUGCUUGAUCGAGCGACCUCGGGGUCCCAAGUCUCGCCUGGGGACGUGACUAAGGCUGUCAUUGGUGUGUACCGUACACCAUCACAGUUUGUUGAACAGGCAAUUAAGGUUGGGCACCCCACGCAGCUCUCCGCUCUCAUGCCUUCCGAGAUCUCCUGUGCAGUCCGGAGAAUCCAUAAAGAAGGUGAGGCCAAUGUGGCCAAGGAGCGCACCGCAACACUUCGCCGGUGGGUUAGCAGAGCAGCCGACUUAGAGCCGGCCGAGCGCGCGCUAAAGGCUGACCUUCCUCAGUUUCGAAAGGAUGUUCUUAGUCCUAAACGCCUCGCUCUUUUCGAGGAGCUGUUGCUUGAAGUGGGACAUGAGGACGUUGACCUUGUCAAAGACAUUGCCCAUGGGUUUGACUUGACAGGCAAGCUGCCUAGAUCAAAUGUUUUCGCUAAGCGCUUUCGUCCUGCGGAGCAGAGUGAAUCUCAACUUCGAUCCAGCGCUAAGAGGCUGCGUGAUGGUCCCCUGGCCACGAUCAAAGCUUCGGAGGAUCCUGUGAUUGACCAAGGUGUUCUUAAAGCGACGAUGAAGGAACUUGAGCGCGGCUUCGUUGAUGGACUUUUGUCUCCAGACCAGAUCCCUGAAGAUGCGUCCUUAACGCAUCGUUUCGGAGUCAUUCAAGGGAGCAAUGAAGACGGUCCAAAGGUGAGGCCCAUAGAUAAUUACCUGUCUUCCCAAGUCAAUGCUGCAGUCACGCAGGUUGAACAAGUCAGCGUGCACACCAUUGACGUGGUGGCCGGGAUGCUGGCCUGUUGGUUAAAUGAGUGGUUCAUCAGCGGGCGCCCAGAGCACAGCACGCCAGUGUGCAAGGCGUGGGACCUGCGUACCGCCUAUAAACAACUUCCCCUUUCGGAUUUAGCUUACGCCUUAGAUAGUUUCUUUGUGCUCUUCAACAUUGAGCGUGGGGCGAGCGAAAUCUAUCGCCAGAGGGUGCUUCCCUUCGGCUCAACAGCCAGCGUGACCAGCUUCAUAAGAACGGCUUACGCCAUUUGGAAAUUAGGUGCCGUAGGGUUGACUCUUGUCUGGAGUGAAUAUUUUGAUGAUUAUCUGAAUCUUUGCGGCAAAGCUUUUGCUCGGCAUAACGACUUUGUAAUCUCCAUGUUAUUCCAACUGCUGGGAUGGGAGAUCUCGAAGGACAAGGAGCUCAGCUACGAUGCACUUUGCGUCGUCCUGGGAGUGCAAGUGAACCUUCGUGAUGCCAAGCUCGGUUUGGCUUACUUGGAGAACACCGUGAAGAGGCGGACUGAGGCGUUGUGUGACAUUGAGCGGGCUUUAGCAACUGGUAAGCUUGAACCUAAAGAAAGUGAAAAGCUAAGGGGCCGGUUGCAGUUCGCCUGUUGCCAAAUUUUUGGUCGGCGACCAAAGGCGGCUCUGAAGUUGUUGUCGCAGCACUCCAGGCAACGCAGAUGGGACGUCAGCCAACUCACGCGGCUCGCACUCACUCAGCUGAAAAGUUUCCUUGAAAGUUCCAAGCCACGUCCAGUCAGGGCGCGGCGUGAAGACUUUGUCCAUGUGUAUGUGGAUGCUUCCUUCGAGCCAAACGGCCAUUGUGGUUUGGGGGGAGUAGUCUUCAGUUCUUCUGGUGAGGCGUUGUGCUGGUUUGGUCAAGCUGUUGCGCCAGUACAUGUGCAGAAGCUUUUGAAAGCUGGUGACCGCGAAAGGGAGACAGUGAUCUUCGAGCUUGAGGCGCUUGUGCUCAGCAUUUGCCUCGAGGCCUUUCGCCCGUACGUCGAGAGGAAAGGUGUUGUCAUUUUCACUGACAAUGAGGGCGUGUUCGGAAGCUUCGUCAGAGGCCAUAGUGACAAUGCUUCUUGUGCUGCCUUGAUCGACUUCUUUGCUUGCUGCGAAGAGAGCCUUGAAACGAUCUGCUGGCUAGAUCGUGUGCCAUCCUCUUCCAAUCCUGCAGACGACCCCUCGCGUGGCGUGAGUAUCCGAGGUGCACCACGUGUCGAUCUUGACCUGAAUCUCUUGAGUCGCGCGCUUCCUGAAGUCUUUGGUUCCUCUGAGCUGGAGCGCGGAAAAGAAGAGCCGGAGCGCUUCAUGCACGACGUAAGCCAUGUGCUGCGCUUGGAUGGGGAGCCAAGAUCAAACAUCCCCGUCACUGUCUUCCAGGAUGCGGCCUCUGCAGAGACCUCCCUCGCCGCGGCCUUUCACAGUAGAACACGGAGGCAAGAUCAAACAUCGCCGUCACCCAUGGCCUUGCGCUUGGCCGUGAGGGUCGACCCCCACCGCCUCGGAAGUGGCUUCUUCGCAGCUGCCUUCGCAGCCUCCAGCAGGCUUUCCUUCUUGACUUCGCGCAGAGCGCGCGUUUUGCUGCACAGCAUGCAUUUCGCGGCUCGCUUCACCAUGACGAAGGUCCUGCUUGUGGCACAGAUGGCACAGCACGAGUUCGGCGAUAGCGUUGACUCGACGGCGCAGCUCCGGCGGCAAGGUGACAUGCGCUGCGUCCCGGACCAAGCAGGCAGGGAUCAUCGUGCCACAUGCCCGGCUUUAUUUCAGCUGGCCAUGACUUGGUUCGUGAAUGGAGGUCCCCCCGAGGCCGCCGAUGUGACCGACCUGGUUUGUCUUGCCGAUAUUACCAAGCAGCGCUUCAAAACACACAUGCAGAGACAUCACGGCGAGCUUUGGCGCAACAUGCAGCCUCGUGUGCAGCUCUUGUGUGCAGAGUGGACGGGCUCGAUCACCAUUCCCUGCAUGAUGGACACCGAGAUUCAGGAUGUGUUCGCCGGCUGCCUGCCGGCUCUGGCGAAGAUCAGCGCGGUGAACCUUCAGGACCCGUGCCGAGGCAAGAGGUCACGACAGGAGCCCGAGAUGAACAAGGACAAGCAGCCUCCGAAGGGGGGCAAAGGCAAGGGCGGACGCCGCGACAACGACGGCCGAGGCCGGGGACACAACAGCUGGGGCAGCUGGGACUACAACCACGGCUGGGAUGCCAACGGCUGGGAUGCCAACAACUGGGGUGCUCCACACAGGCAUCCGCGGCCGAACAUGGAGCAGCUGGUGGAAGCCUUGUGCAGGCUGACCUUGAAACAGGAGGAGGAGCUGCAACUUAUCCGCACCGAAAAGCAAUUCCUGUUGCAUCUAGAGUCAGGGACACACGGUCUCCUGGCUCCGCUGUGGCAGGUGGCGCAGGCUUGGAAGGACGAGGCUACAAUCAAAAAGAUGGAGGCCCAGGGGUGGGUCAAAGUGCAGGGCGAGAAGGAGCUUCAUUGGACAUUUCAGCAGUGGAAUGCGGAGAGCCGUCGAUUGGAACUGGAUGCCACCCGCCCACCAAUCGGACACACUCAGAUGGUGCAGAUUGCGCACGACCUGCAGCAGCUGGUGAUGACAGGGAAGGAGGAGCUCAUUCACCGCUUCCACUCGACAAGGAAGCUCACCGAAACGGUGACAGGGGAUACACUCCCCUUCAUUUUGUCGGUGGCAAUGAGGGGCACCCGAGCACAACAAGCCCACGACCUGCUUCGCAGCUUGACGGGCAGCGCAGCUCUUCGUUUGGUGGGGGUUCGGAUCCGCGGCGAGCGCAUGAACUUGCAACCACUCGCCCAGCACAUCGCAAAGAUGGCGGCAGCUCUUCGGCGCUAA